CAUGCCUCAACUCAACUUGAACUGUAACUCUUCUCUUCUCCGGUCCAUCCAGGCCACCGUCAAUGCAUCUGGGCUUGAGGCCGGCUCAAGCUUUCAAUGGCCCAUAGUCACUUUAUCAAAUGUUCGUUCAGGCGAAAGUCUGUUCGUUAUUAUCAUGACUAUAUUCGCUACGCAAAUCCAGGUGGAAUCAUCCGCCUUCCUCUUGCUUCUCCUAAAGUCAUAGGUGUCGCCAAUUCACGUGGAAACCGAAGUCAUCAGGAGGACUUCUACGCAUUUGCUGCCCUCUCACUUGACCCGGAGGAAUUGAGAAUGAGCGUGAAGAAAUCUCACGAUGUUGACUGGGACCCUGAAAGUGUUGGUGAUCUGCUUGCAAGGCAAGUUGUUUUUGUAGGAAUCUACGAUGGACAUGGUGGCUCAGCUGUCUCCCAAUUCCUACGUCAGGAACUGCACGGCCUGUUUGAGUCUGUGAAUCCGAGCGCUAUUCCUGAACUCUUCGCCUGGAUUAAGGAACUUGGAGGCUACUUCAAACGAUUUCGAGGUGGUGCCCUCACUCCCUGGAUCAACCCGUCAGAUGGCACCCCCAUCAUGGACCUUGAAGCGCGUUCAACGCAAACCUUUUUUGAAGUGGACCGGCACUUAUCCUCUGAUCCUAUAGCACAGGAUAGCGGGGCUACGGCUUCUGUAGUACUCCUUCACUCUCUUGACGCUCCCGCUUCCCCAUUUUUCUCUGCUGACCGAGUAGCGCUUACUGUCGCCCAUUGCGGUGAUACACGGGUACUCCUCUGUUCUACCGAUGGAGGUAAAGUGGUACCAAUGACAGAAAACCAUCAUGCAGAUUCUCGAGUGGAAUCCAUCAGACUGCGACGGAUGAUGGGCUCCGCCUUGAUCACAGAUUCGUUCGGUGAAUCUCGGUGGAUGGGUGCACUUGCAAAUACAAGAGGUCUCGGCGACCUUCGGUUCAAAAAGUUUGGAGUGACCCCAGAACCGGAAGUUAGAACAAAAUUGUUGAAAGGCGUGUUUACUGUGCUCACAUCGUGCGAUCUUCAUUGACUCUCCCACUCUUCAGGAGGAGACUGGGCUUACAUAGUAUUGGUUUCUGACGGAGUUUCUUCGGUCAUCUCGGAUGAUGAAGUAGUCGACUUGGUCAGGGAUGCUUCAGAUCCCAAAACUGCUGCUUACCGAAUUCUGUCUUACGUGGAGGAGCUAGGGGGUGACGAUAACAUGACCGCAAUGGUGAUUCCGCUAGCAGGUUGGGGGAAGAUUGUAGGUCCGGAUAAAACUAAAGACCUCCGUGACUACCGUCGGAAGCAGGCAGUUGGUUCAGAGCGACAACGUAGAAUG